UUUCUCUCAGCGGCUGGUUGUUCCUUGCUGAUCCAGACCUUACAGUUGUGGUCAGGCUCGUCAGUCAAACGGUCGCGCGAUGGAGGCUCUCCCAAAGAAUGGUUACCUGGACUUCCACCGCGACACCCUGGAGGUGGUGCGGCGCGAGGUGGGGCUGCACCGGCCCGGGGAGAUGGCUGAUGCUGUGAGGAUCCUGGACGACUGGGUCAAACAGCAGAAACACUUCCUGAAGAAGGAUUUCUCUCCGAUCUUCCUGGAGAACACCAUCGUGACGUCCAAGGGAUCCCUGGAGCGGGCGAAGAGCAAUCUGGACAAGAUCGUGACGAUGCGCACACACCUGCCCAAGUACUUCCAGCCGACGGACAUUAGGAAGGACGUGGCUACGUACAGGGACAGGACAAAUAUCGUGAUAUCGCCGCAGCUGACGAAGGAGCACCACCGGUUCAUUAUCGCCAAGUUCGGGGAGGGGCUGGACGACAAGAACCUCAUUGACUACUCCUACAGGGUCUACUUUUCGAUAGUGGACUAUAUGAAGGCGUUUGACUACAACAGCGGGAUCGAGCUGGUGUACGACCUGACAAAUGCCGACAUACGCACCCUGCUCACACACGUCGACCUCAUGGAGCUCAAGAACAUCUACAUCAGCCUCAUGGAGUGCCACGGUCUCAGAGUGAAGAAGAUUCACAUCAUCACAUCCUCGAAGCUGAUGGACACGCUGCUGUCAUUCUUCAAGCAGGUGCUGAAGAGGAAGAUCAUCGACAGGAUCUCCAUCCACAAGAGCAUGGACAGUCUCCGUGACCACUACCCCCUGGAUAUGCUGCCGAAGGAGUACGGCGGUACGGGGAAAUCGCUGCAGGAGCUUCAAGAUCUCCUAGCGUCGUUCCUAUCGUCUGAUGAGUACCAGGCGCAUGUUAGGAGCAUGUCCACCGCGCUGGUGGACGAGAACCUGCGACCCUCGGCCGACUACAACGACAAAUACGCCGGGACAUACGGCAGCAUACGCUCGCUAACGAUAGAUUAACAUAAAAAUCGGAUCAGUUUAAAGUAAUGCGUGGUCACUGGUCAUACAGAUGAGGUGAAAUAUACAAUUAUAAUUGGAAAUUGACAAUAAUAUUUGUUAGUGUAGACUAAAGAUAAUUGAAGAGUUCUAGUACAGAAAGUUAUAUAACCAU